CGGAAGCCUUACCCUUCCUUCCUUUCGUCAUGUUCACCGGUCUUAUUGAACACCUCGGAACAGUUUCCGACAUUGUACUCGAUGCUGGUGGGUGCACACUCACGGUUUCUGACUCGGCACCAGUUCUGGUCGACUGUAACAUUGGCGACUCCAUUGCUGUCAACGGUGCCUGUUUAACGGUUACGGAAUUUGACAAGACGGCAUCUGGAGGAUACUUCAGGGUCUGGCUGGCAAACGAGACGUUGGAGCGAACUGAUCUAGGUGAACGCCUUGUCGGGGAUCAGCUCAACCUAGAGCGUGCAAUGGCGCCCCAUGUGAGAUUCGGUGGGCAUUUUGUGCAGGGCCACAUCGACACGACAGCGACUAUCACUGACCGCUCAGGUGAUGGAGACUCUCUCCGUCUCUCUUUCGAGCUUCCUGAACCCUCCGAUUCUCGACCAUCCUUGCUUCCAUACUUGAUUCCGAAAGGCUACGUAACUAUUGACGGAACUUCAUUGACACUAACGGAUGUGAAUGACGCCCAGAGGUCAUUCAGUGUCAUGCUCAUUCAACACACUCAGGAGAAGAUCACCCUUAGCAAGAAGGGGGUUGGAGCCAUGGUGAAUAUUGAGGUGGACAUGGUUGGGAAAUAUGUCGAAAAGAGUGUUUCUGCUGCUCUUGCUGGUGAGGGAGGGCAACUGCGCCCUCUGAUCGAGAAAGUCAUAGCAGACGUGUUGGCAAAGAAGGGUAUUAACUAUUAG